AUGAACAAGUUGGUGAUUCUGGGACUUAUCGCCGCGUCUGCGAUGGCUGUGCCCAUGCCGGACACCGAUAACGUGCAACUGAACAGGAAUCUCGAUUGCAUGGAGCAAGAGAACGCGUUGUUCAGCUGUGUCUUCGUGAAGACCAUCGGCACCCUGGACAGAGCGGCCAGGUCGAGCGACAUCGAGAUCCUCGAUGGUGUGAAGUUUGUCCGGGAAACGCCGAUGGAACGCAAUGGAAAGGACCUGAAAACAGAGGUCGACAUCAUGAACGAGCUACCUAGAGACACGUCCGAUAGGGCCAUCAAGUUGGCUACCAUGCUGUACGAAUCGGCAAUGUCCUUCUUGAAGUCUCACAGCCUGAAGCUGAGCAUGCCCGAAGAGGGAUCAAUUUCUCGGGCUCUCAACGAAGGCCGUGCCAAGAUCAAGAAAAUGGCCCUGCCUCUGAUCGCAGCAGCAGCUAUAAAGUUGUUCGCCCUUGUACCCUUGGUCCUUGGAAGUUUAGGUCUACUAGUCCUGAAGGCCUUGUUCGUCGGCAAAAUCGCUCUCCUUUUGGCCGGUGUUCUCGCCUUCCAGAAGUUGUUCGGUAGCGGCAGCAGUUCCGGAGUCGGCAACUUCUUCAGCAAGAAUACUCAACCAACCGCAUGGUUGGACAAUGGCAACCAAGGUUGGUCAGCUGGUGCAGCAACCAAUGUUCAACCUCAGGGAUACUACCAGAGGAGUUUCGACGUUCAGAAUGGAAAAGUAGAUGCCCAUUCGAUGGCGUACUCUGCCCAGGCACCCAUCGCCACCAACGAGGCCAAUUAAUGCUACUCUGUUUUUUCCUGAUGAACGAAAAAGAAUGAAUC